AUGUAUCGCAUUUUCCUAAUUUCUAUCGCACUGCUGAUGCUUUGGUGGACUCCAGCCUGGGGCAUAUCACUUUCCCCUGCAAACUGGACACAAGAAGAGUAUGAUCGCCUGGAAAGAAUGUCGCUCAACCGCUAUGAGCGACCGAAGCCAUUGGCAGUUAGUGAGGGUAGAGGGAUUGUGGCUGGGACAACUGAACCUUUCGCCGUGCACUCGGGAAUGGACGCGCUCAGGAAGGGUGGGAAUGCUAUGGAUGCUUGUUUGGCAACUGCCCUUGCAGGUAUAAUAAACGCUUCAUGAAAAUUCUGGUGGACUUGGUGGGGAAUCUUAGGCGAAGAGCCCUCGGGUGAGGAGCUCAAUUCAGCCCUCACGUGAUUGAGGUUUGACGGGAAAAAUCACUUCAUUGGCAUGAAUAACCUUUUCAACAGCAUUGCAGGCUUUUUUCAUUUAGUACAGAAUUGCGGCAGCUGAUAAAAUAACUUAGUAGUUAAAGAAUUAGCAUAAAUUAUGAAAAACACUCAUCACGCUUGUAAAGUUAUGACCGUGACAUCAACAGUUUCAUCGCAAAUUUCUUAUUACUCUUUGUGUUUUGACUCUGUUUAUCUGCGCACUGACCUAAUACGCAAUUAGACCAAAUUAUUUCAAGGCAAUGUUAGGACACUGCUGUAGUCGCCCAUGUUGUUAAUCAAAAAAAAAUAAAAUAAGGAAGAACGAAUGACUUUACGAUUGAUGGAAAUACUCAGGUCACAGUUCGGGACGUUUAUGAGAUAUCCUUACUUAUAAACUACGUUUUGCUUUCCCAGAGGUCACGCUGGCGACUGGUUCGUAUGUUUCAUAUGCUGGUGUCACGCAAAUUCUCUAUUACGAGAAGUCAUCUAAUAAGGUGUACAGUAUCAAUGGCGGCUGGAAUACCCCACUGAAAGGAGACCCGUCCCAGAUCCCCAAAGUUCACACUCCAGAAGCCAAUGGUGCGUCUGUUCUCGUCCCAGGUUUCAUUGCGGGUGUAGCUGACGCUGCAGCCAAAUUUGCAAAGUUCCCUCUCAGUACUUUGUUCGAGCCCGCGUUGUAUUUCGCUGAAAACGGAUUUAAGCUGUCCACUGGGAUGGCUUCCGCCAUCAAAAUAUACUACAACGACAUUACAUUGCUGCGAACAAGUGAAGGUAUGAAGUGGUAUCUGUAAGCUCUACUUAGGAUAUCGAAAGGCGCGGAGCGAGUUGCAAGAAAGGAGUGCAAAAUAACGGAGAUUAAUAUACCUCUCAGCUCUAAAUGCUUGAGAGCGAGGAGGUCUUUGUAAAGACAUUUGUGCAAGUUUAAAGUAAUGAAAGCGAGAAACUGAGUGAGUGUAAAUAGUCUUAGUUUGAAUGAAUAAAGCUGGGUGGUAUGGAAUUUUGGAAAUCUAAAAAUUUGGAAGUAUGUAAUGAGGAAGUGCGAAAGUUUAGAGGGUUUGAAGUUUGGAAGGGAGUCUGGAAAGUGGGUAAUAUUAACGGUGAGGUUUCGGAAAUGUGGGAGUAAAAGUGUGGAGGUCUGGAAGAAUUGGUCCAUCCAACUCAUGUAUUAAACUUUCUUAGAGAUAACGUUGAAUUUAUCAGGUAGAAAAUACCGUAAAAAAUACUGAUGCAAACGAUCGACUGAAAAAUGCGUAGCUGACAUAGAGAUGAAAUACUGUUAGAAAGGUAAAACAGAACUCAACAAAAAUUAACAGAAAGAUAGAUAGAUUUAACAGAAGGGCACAAUAAAACCUACGACAAAGAUGAAAAACAAGUAAAAGUUUCUUUUAAUCGAGGUGUGCAAUUGUAGGAGAUGUUGGUUACUGGUUAUUGAAAAGUGUCGUGAGACAACAUCCUCAAUAAUUGAAUUCCUUUAGGUGAAAAGAUUUUUACCAAUCCUGAGACUGGGAAGCCAUACGCCUCUAACGAACUUUUCAAACAACCAGAAGUAGCCGAAUUUAUACGAAGUGUGUCUGAGAAUCCAAAGGAGUUCUUCUACAAUGGAACGUGGGCCGAGCAGAUGACGUCUCUGAUUAGAGAGGCUAAGGGAUUUAUCGCCCUAAAUGAUAUGCACCGCUAUCAAACGCAAUGGGAAGAGCCCUUCAAUACGUCGUAUCACGAAUACAAUGUGUGUACGUCUGGAAAUGACUGGGGCGGAAUUGAACUAAUUGAAAAGCUGAAUCUAAUGGAAAUGGCAGAAAUCGGCCAGAAACCAGGGUCCAGUUACAUCACAAAUGCAACCGAAUUUUUCCGACUCGCCUCGAUCUCUCGCUUUAGUUUCUUUGUUUCUGCUUUCUUGCACUCAAACCCUGCUGGCUUAUCGAUCUUGAAAGAGAACUUUGACCUUGAUUUCUCCAAUCGCCUCUCGAAAGGGUCUGCCGAAGCCAUUUGGGAGAGGAUCGGUUCUCCUGAAAAGAUGAAAGACGUCAAUACCAUAAUUAAAAGACUGCUUGGUGGAGAGGAGAACAUAAGAGACUUUAUACAUGGCUCAGAUUCUAUAGUCGCAGCCGACAAAGAUGGGAAUGUUUGUUCCAUGAUUCACACUAUCAACAGUGAAAUGUGGGGAACAGGUCUUUUUGUGCAGGGAAUUGCUUUACCGCAUUCAGCUGCGAUAUUUAAGUCCUUCGUCAAGCAGACAACUCCCGGGGGAAGGCUUCCAGCGGGCCUUCAACCUGCUAUAGCAUUCAAGGGUGGCGAGGCAACCGGAAGCCAGCGGCCAGUCAUGGCACUGUCUGUUGUAGGAGAAUCGUAUCCCGUUGUGGUUCCACAGUACUUUACCAACCUCUUGGAUAGCGGUAUGAAUCCUAAAGAAGCCAUGGAGUCCCCUACUUUUCUUUUGCCGAGCUUCUCAGAUUUUUUCCAGGCGGUUCCUAUAGAAGAGUUCUCAGUUGCCAACAACGUGUUACAGGAAGUACGUAAGAUGGGACAAAACGUGACCGAGCUGGAAUAUAUGAAGGCGUUUGGACCAAUAGGAUUAGGAGUGGCGCUCACGAUAGAUGACAAUGGGGUCAUGUUUGGAUGCACUCACCCCCUGAGGAGAGGAUUGGCAGAGGGCGUUUAA